UUCCUCUGGCCGCCUCAUGAAGACACUGGGGAAAGUCACAAAGGAUGAAGGAACUCCUCUUUAAUUUAAAACUCCUAUCGACGUGUAUGGCGGACAAAUAGCAGGAGCCUCUAUAAGCCAGUCAAACCGUGACAAUGCGGUUCAAACAAAGAAGGCUGUGAUUUGUGGCGUCCCGAUCUUUUUUUUUUUUUUUUCUCCUGAGCUGAAGCCCAGUCAGGGCUGGGUCCCGUUACGGUUUGAAUCGCUGCUUCGCCAAGAUGUCCACGGAGGAGCAGGACUAUCCCGAGGCGGUGCUGGUGACUGAAGCUGGGCCCCAGUGGCUCCGAGCCGAGGUGGAGCGGCUGUCCCGCGAGCUGCGAGAGACCACGCGCGAAAAGAUCCAGGCGGCGGAGUACGGGCUGGCCGUGCUGGAGGAGAAGCAGCAGCUCAAGCAGCGAUUCGACGACCUGGAGACGGAAUACGAGACGGUCCGACAGGAGCUGGACCAGCUAAAGGAGGCAUUCGGACAGGCAUAUUCUACCCACAGAAAGGUUGCAGCAGAUGGAGAAAGCAGGGAAGAGUCGCUGAUCCUGGAGUCUGCCAGUAAAGAGGCUCUGUACCAGCAGAAGGUCCUGGAGCUGCAGAAUGAACUCCGACAGGCCAAAGCUUCUCUGUCAAGCGCUCAAGCAGAAAAUGAUCGCCUGUCCGCCAUCGCUCUGGAAAUGAGAGAGAAUUCAGAGGUAGCAGAGCUGCAGCGGGCUCAGCUUCGCGAUGACAUCAGAGAGUAUAAGAUUCGGGAGGCCCGACUGCUGCAGGACUACACUGAACUGGAGGAGGAGAACAUCUCUCUGCAGAAACAAGUGUCCGUGCUGCGACAGAGCCAGGUGGAGUUUGAAGGUCUAAAGCAUGAGAUCCGUCGCCUAGAGGAGGAUUCCCAGUGUGUCCAAAGCCAGCUGGAGGAAGCCGUGCGUCUGAGAGAAAUUGCUGAGCGACAGCUCACAGAGGCUUUAGAAACUAUUAAAACAGAACGUGAGCAGAAGGCCACGCUGCGUAAGGAGCUCUCCCACUACAUGACCAUUGGGGGGUCUGUGUACAGCAGCUCGCUCAACAUCUCCAUCGAUAACGCGAAACUCCACGACGACCCCUCUGCCGUCCAUGAACCUGAUAAUGACGACCUUAUCAGAGGCUUCGAGAAUGGCCUGGUCAAGAUGGGUGACAGCGAUGAAGAUAACAGAACGUUGGGCAACAAGAGAGGCGAGGCCUUUAAACCAGCACCUAGCUUGGUGGAUGAUCUGCUCAGCGAGCUCAACAUCUCUGAGAUACAGAAGCUCAAACAACAGCUUGCUCAGGUUGAGCGCGAGAAAGUGGCCCUGAUGAAUACUUUGCAGGAGAACCAGAAGCAGCUGGAGCAGGCCUACGGCACAGUGUCUGAGCAGAAGGAAACCGUCAACAAGCUGACUGAAAAUCUAAGCGCCAUGCGUAAACUCCAGGCCAGUAAGGAGCGCCACUCCGCCCUCAACAGCGAGAAAGAAAGGGACAGUCACGAUGACGGAGAUUAUUAUGAACUUGACAUCAACGGGCCCGAGAUUCUGCAGUGUAAGUACACUGUGGCUGUUUCUGAAGCAGGAGAGCUCAGGCAGGAACUGAAAACACUGAGGGCGCAGUACGAGGAAUGUCGGACCAGGUAUGAGGAAGAGCGAGCCCGAUUGGAGAGCGAUGUCCAAGAUUUCAGGUCCAAGUUGUUCUCUUUGGAGAAGAUUAGUCAAGCUGAUAAAGCGGAGGUGGCCCGUCUGGAGAGGGAGCUCCGUCUGGCUACGGAGGCUGCAGGAGAAUCCCUCGGCUGCCUAAAUGUUGCUCAGGAUGAGCUCAUAGCUUUCAGCGAAGAGUUGGCCAAUCUCUACAACCAUGUGUGCAUGUGCAACAAUGAGACUCCCAACAGAGUCAUGCUCGACUACUACAAAGACGGCAAAGCCAGGGGACAGGAAGGAAAGGAACAGCAGACCGUACUUCUCACCAGUGGGCUGAUCAAUGAGAACCAAAAUGGAAGGUCUGAUUCCUGCCACGUUGCAGUUACUGCACCUGCAGCUCCACAACAUCGCCCAGAACCCAUGAACGUCUAUAACCUGGUAGCUAUCAUCAGGGAUCAAAUCCGCCACCUGCAGCAGGCUGUGGACCGGACCACAGAGCUGUCCCGCCAGAGGCUGGCCAACCUGGAGCUGAGUGCCGUGGCAGACAAAGACAAAGAGGCCUGCAUGGAGGAGAUUCUCAAACUGAAGUCACUUCUCAGCACCAAAAGGGAACAAAUUGCUACCCUCAGAGCUGUGCUCAAGGCCAACAAACAGACAGCAGAGGUUGCUCUGGCCAACCUCAAAAGUAAAUAUGACAGCGAGAAGGCCAUGGUGACCGAGACGAUGAUGAAGCUUCGAAAUGAACUCAAGGCUCUUAAAGAAGAUGCAGCCACUUUCUCCUCUCUUCGAGCCAUGUUUGCUACGAGAUGCGAUGAGUAUGUGACCCAGCUAGAUGAUAUGCAGAGGCAGCUGGCUGCAGCGGAGGAUGAGAAGAAGACGCUGAACUCCCUGUUACGAAUGGCUAUUCAGCAGAAACUGGCUUUAACUCAGCGCCUCGAGGAUUUAGAGUUCGACCAUGAGCAGGCGCGCCGCAGCACCACCACAGCAGCAGGAGGAAAGGGUAAAACUAAGGGCAAGGGAGCCUCUUCCAGCCACCAUGUAAGUCAGAUGAUGCACUGCAGAACUAAUCAUAAAAUCACACAGCAAAGGAGUUGCUGUUUGCAUUUCUGGAGCUUAAGAUCUAAGUUCUUUAGUUUUGCCUGCCUAACACUGGGUUCUCGAGUCUUCUGUCGUUAUUAGUCAUCUUUUGAGUCCAUUAUUAGGAUAUACA